GAGAUAAAGGUAAACAAAUAUCCUCGUCAUCAGAGUCCGAGGAUUGCUCCGUAUUAGUAUCAUGCAAACUGUGUUCAGAGGCAGCGUCAUUUAUGUCUAACUCAGACCCUACAUCUGAUUCAACUUCUUCGUACCAUUGCUGCAAUUUGGCUUCUGUUCUUGGUGAAAUCAUAUCAAGAUUAUCGAAAAAAUCACAUACGGGAUAGGUCGCACCGUAAGAUUCUUGCUAACACUUUUGAACAAC